UGCAUGCAUUCCACACUCCACAGUAACCACGCCCUUUUUAUUAUGGCUCCUGUUUUUCUUCUUGCCUUGUUUUCCUUGCUCGACUUCACUGAUGCUUGUUCUUUUGGUUGCAGUGGGACGCCUCUUGAUUUCAGGGAGAAGUUCAUUUCUGUCUGUAGGAGUCUACAACUGAGCAAUUGUGAUGAGGUUUGGACCGCGUUUGGAGGAGCUUUCCGUGGACGAGAUCCAGUCAAAGUCAUGAAGGAGGACUAUCAAGUGUAUUUUGACAAACUCCCCAUAACAGCCAAGGUAAACUCCUCUCUAUUCUGGUCUGGGACUUUUCCUGUUGUUGAGGUUGUGAGCACUCAGCCUAAUCCUACAGGAGCUGUUGUCUAUUCUUCUGCAAAUGAGCCUUCAUCAGCUAUUAUUAAUGACCUUGGGUAUGGAGUCAACUGGUGCGGCUCAAAACAAGGUUAUGAUGGGUUAGGAUAUGGCAGUUGUCUCUGCAGUGUCACUCGUAAUUUCUGGAGCCAGUUCUCUCUUCUUUUUGCAAAAGCAUCGAGUGGUAUAGCCUACUGGCUUGGAAAUGGAGAAAGAAAUGGAGGUACAUUUAGAAACGAAUCAGAUUUCUCAAAUGUUGAGCUGCCAAAUAUGAAUGCCCUCGAGGUUGUGGCCAUUAUUUUACACAGAAAAGGAGAAGGAGAGAGUUGUUCAGAAGGUAGCAUGAAUUUAAUGCGUAGUAGAGUGAUGGAAAGGUCCAUCCAAUAUGAUUGUUACGAUGUGUAUGGAGAUAUCAAUCAAGCAAACACUAUUGCUGCCUGUGUCUCUACAAUUAUCAGUGACAUUCAAAAAGGUAUGAGGCCGAAAAACCAUGAAGUGGAUUGUAUAUGAAUUUGCAUCAUUAGCUUCAUUAGCUUUAAUACAAGUUUUUUUUGCACUGGCAAGAUCAUGUUAAUAUUUAAAGUGACAUUGAUAUUUUUAUGAAAUAAACAGACUUGGGGUCAAAUAAAAAACUUUGAUUAACAUUAUACAUUAUUUUAAUUACAAAAAUAGACUCAAUUUUUUUAUUUAUAUGUCAUGUUGAAGUAAUUUUAGUUACUUCUGAUUUGUUUUUGCAUGAAACAGAAACAUUUUUAAAAUGGA